UUCAAAUGUUUUUUUACUGUUUACAAUCACUGAUGCAUCAUGUGGACUAUUAGUUUUUCUAAAUAUUCUUAUUUGGAUUCUAAACUGAUAUAAAAUCUAGAUCUACAAUUUUGUUUGCUUUUACUAACACAUUAUAAGUGACAUAGUUGUGAAUUGAUGUGAUAGAACACAUGCAAAAUGCUUUAGUGAAAUCCUUCACAACUUAACAAGAUGAACACCAUGUUUAAAGCAGGUAUUGAGGUGGUUAAAGUAAUCCAUCAAAAUUAAGUACAUUUGUUCACCCUGCAGCAUCAUGGGGAAUCUGCCCUGUCAUCUUAAGGACAAAGAUGACGCCUGGAAGCAGCAGAAUAUUGAGAUGGUGGAGAAUCCUGCCUACAAAUUUGCCAACCUGGCAAAAGGUGGAUCCCUUAUUGAUGCAUACAAUGAGCAUGGCAUACAAAAAGUGCAAGAAAUAGCCCGUGAAGAAAUGUCCAAGUUUUUCUAUCACAGAGAUGGCAAAAAGCAUACAAUUUCUAUUGAAGAGUUAUCUCUUUGGCAGAAAAGAUACAAAAGACGUGUUGCGGGACAAAAUUCAGACCUAAUUUCAGAUGAAGAACUUUCAGAAGAGGAAUUAGAGGAACAUUAUUUUAAUAAGGUGUACCCCCAUGAUGCUUGUUGGGAUCUCAACAAAAGGGGAGGUGUUGGAGAGACCCCAUUCCAUCUUCUGUACUUGAAUGACUCCCCUGUUCACUUUGAAGUGGCUAAAAUUGUGCUACAGAUGUAUCCGAACCUUGCUUUAGAUGUUUAUGAAGGUGAAGAAUAUUAUGGUGAAAGUGCCCUGCAUAUAGCCAUCAUCGUAGGAGACUUUGACUCAGUGCAGCUGCUUGUAGAGUCUGGAGCUAAUGUGAACCAGAGGGCCACAGGCAGAUUCUUCUUGCCAGAGGAUCAAAAGAAGGGUUACACUGGGAACACAAACUAUGAAGGCUAUGCUUACUAUGGAGAGUAUCCUCUGGCCUUUGCUGCUUCUUUGGGCAAUACAGAUAUAUACGAUUACCUUCUUGAACACGGAGCUGACCCUAACCUGCAGGACACAUUUGGUAAUACAGUACUACAUAUGGUGGUCAUAGCUGAUCAAACGGACAUGUACAGGUAUGCAGUGAGGCACCACAAGGUUAGGGCUAUCACGAGUAUUAAAAACAAGCAGAAUCUGACCCCUUUGACAUUAGCCUGCAAACUUGCACGUCACUCUAUAUUCAAAGAGAUGCUAGAUCUUGACAGCAUUGAGCUGUGGAGAUUUAGUACAACAAUGUGUUCUGUCCACCCACUUCACACUAUUGACUCUAUUGGUCCAGACGGAAGCACAAAUUGGAAUUCAGCUUUAAUGAUCAUAGUCAAUGGAGACAAAGAUGAUCAUCUUGAAAUGCUGGAAGGCGGAGUUAUGAGACAACUUUUGAUUGAAAAAUGGAAAACAUUUGCAAGGAAACGUUUUCUAUUUCGGCUUGCUUUGGCAAGCAUUCACAUUGUCUUAUUUAGUAUAGCCAUCUACUUGCGCCCAAGUAAGGAUGCUCUUCUAAGUUAUAAUGAAGCAAAAGAUGUGGUGCGUUUUGUGUCAGAAAUCAUUGUGUGUUUAAGCUGCGUGGCUACAGUCAGUUUUGAGAUUAUGGAGAUUAGCACUCAGGGAAUAGGAACUUUCUUUAAGAACUUAAUGUCAGAGUUCCACAAGACACAUGCUCCAGCACAAACAGUGUAUCUGGUUUCCUGCUUGUUGAUUUUGGCCUGCAUUCCUUUUCGAUUUUUAAAAUUAUCCAGUGUUGAAGAUAUUUUGAUAAUACUUGCGGCACCUUGCACUUGGUUCUUCCUUCUUUUCUUUGCCAGGGGUCAUAACCUAACUGGCCCUUUUGUCACUAUGAUAUACAAGAUGUGUGCUGGGGAUCUUCUCAGAUUUGGCAUCAUUUACAUGAUAUUUCUUUUUACAUUUACACAAAGUUUCUUCACUUUGUUUCUUGACAAGCAUGUAGACAAUUCUGAUGAUGAUGAUGAAGCUAAAGGUGGUGUAGCCAAAUUUAACAGUUUCCCAGAGACCAUGUUAUAUUUAUUUCAAAUGACUUUAGGAGAGUUCAAGUAUGAUACAUUUGGCUACGCACGCUAUGAGUCUCUGACUAAAAUCAUCUUUGCACUGUUUAUGAUCCUGGUCCCCAUUCUUCUUCUAAAUAUGUUGAUUGCUAUGAUGGGAAACACUUACAUUCAGGUGAUUUCAAAAUCCACUAAAGAAUGGUGGAAACAGUGGGCUAAAAUUUUGAUUGUGUUAGAAAGGGGCAUUUCCAAAAAGACGCUUUUGGAAUAUCAAAAGUCUUAUAGUGUCAAACUUUCUGGGAAGCCUUCACCAGAUAAUGGGAAACCAUCACAAGACAGAGCUCUAGUUGUCAUCAAAUUGUGUAACAAGUCAAAGGCCAAGACUCGGAAAUGGGCUGUCCAUAAGUGGAAGGCCUUUGGUAAAGAAAUUAUCAGACAGAGGAAGAUGUGGCACAAGAAACAUGAUGAAAGUCAACCGUUUGCUUUAUCACAGUCUUUGACCAAAGGUCAUCUGGAGGAUGAUAACCUCCUUUCAAGCACAAUAGCCCAACUGGCAUGGGAGAAAGAUAUUGAUCUCACCAAAGGCCACCAGUUUGUUUCUGACCUUGAUAACAUUUCGCCAAGGUCACCAUCUUUGCUGUCACCAGCUCAUCACUUUUCUCCCCUCCACAUUCCUAAUGGCUCCUUUCAGAGAGAAGCCAUGCACUUAACCCAGUCUGAUGCUGGGGAUGCAGUCGAUGCUCCCUUACCACCAAGCAGGAAGAAGAAAAAUCUUGUAUACAACAGAGUGGCACCCUUGUUACUUCCAAUCAAUGAUCGUAAUGAUUUGAACAUCCCUGAAUCAACUGGAGAUGCUCCAGAUGCCAAAGACCUAUCCUUAACCAUAGAGAAGUUCUCCUCCUUAGAACAAAUGUCUCCAAAAAGUGUUUCUAACACGAACAUUAAGAAGUCCAAUAUUCCUGCUUCUAAUGCACAGUGGCAAAUUGAAGAUGAAGACACAGAAAGUGGAAAGGAACAGAGCUCCUUCAGCAACAGUAAACAUUUGUUGAAAGAAGGUAAAAAUAGUACUUCUAAGGUAGACACUUUGAAUGGAGCACAGUCCAAAGAUUCUGGUGUAGUCAACCCUGCAUUUGACACCUGCUGGAUGGAAGAAUUCCCAGCUGCUCCUGUAGCUAGAAAGAGAAAGAAGAAAAUAAAGAAAGCCAAAAUGAAAAGCAAAAAGAAAAACCCUCCAAUGGAUGACAAGGGCUCUAAUUCUUCAACCAUCACUCUUCUAGAGAGUGGAAACAGUAAAGUUUGAUUAUAUCUCCUAUGUUCUGCUUAUGAAUUUGUUUUAAAGACUGAUGAGAUCUAAUGCAUUUAUAUUGAUGCCGAAUAAUGAGCUGAAUAAUGAGUUUGAUGUUUUAUAUAGAGAAAACCUAAAAAUAUUCACCAUUUCAUUUUUUUUAAUUUUGGAAAAGAACAUAACAUUGUAUUAGUAAAUAUUAUUUUCAAUGUUCUUAUUGUGACAAAUAAAUAUCAUCUGUGCAGGAUAUUAGUCAAUAUUUGUGUGCAUCUCAAAUAUAAUUUUUAUUACAACUUUGGGGUAUGAGAAUUACAGGGAAAAUUGUUUAUUUUACUGUUAAUUCCUAGAAAAUAAUGUUUUAUAAAAAUCAUAUAUGUAUGUGUAUAUUUUUUUGUUAAGUUUAUUGUUGACCUUUUAUGAAAUUAGCAUUUGUUGACUGAUGCCAGUAAUUAUGUGAUAGAACUGUUUCCCUUGACUAAACCUUUUUAGACAAAUUGUUUAUAUACUUUUUAAGUAAUUGAAAACUAUUUUGUACAAAAUUAUUGUAUUUCUUUAAAUCCGAAAAAUCACCAAAUCAACACAUUAAAUACCAUAGUAAUACAUUAUUAAAUAACAUUGUACUUUAAGACAAGGCAAUGUCCUAAACAGCAAUAUUUGUUUGUUUAAUGCUAUACAUUCAAUAUCAAUUAUGUUAAAACUUCACUUGAUAUUCAUGUUGAUUAGCACCUAUUCCAUUUACAAACUAGCUACAUCUAGUAACUUGAUCCAGAAACGUACCUUUAGGAAACAAUAAAUCUUAUUUCUUUCAUAACAAUGUAUACUUUUUAUAUAUGUGUAAUUUUUUCGCCACUUAGUUGGAAAAACAGGGACAUUGUUAGUUCAAUUGCCCUGUUCUUUUAAUUACAUCAUUCCUUAUGCUUAUGAGAGACUGUGAUAUGGAACUAUAGGGAAUUUUUUAUUGGUAUUAACUCUUUUUCUUCGUAAUUAUUUUCGAGAUUACGAUGGAAUAGUUUAUUUAGCUCAUUUGUGUUUCACUACCCUGUUGUGAUUAAACUUCAAUUUUUUUUUUAUCAGGAGAUGUUAUAUUAGGUAUAGAUUUAUAGGAGAAUGCGUGCUCUUUUUAUAUAACAUAAGUUAAAGUUUAAAAAAAAAAUAAAAAAUUAUUUUAUUUAAUGGGGUCAAAUCAACGUUGGUAUCGUCAGUUAGGAGAGCAAGAGUUAAAAUUUACAUUUUUUACCGGUAUUUGAAAAAAAAAUUUUUUUUUAAUCUUAGUUUUAAAUAUAUAGAUUUACAACAUUUCUAUCUUUUAAAAGACAUUUAUAUAGAAUGCUUCUAUUCAAUAGGUAUUUAUUUCAAUUAUUUUGGGCAGAAGAAAUGCUGAAAGAAAACUCUGAAUUAACUCAAAGAGAUAAUUUGGUAAAAACAGACAAUUAUAGUUGUUUUUUUUUCAAUGUUUUUUUACUAUUUGUAAACAGUAUUAAACAGCAUAAUGGUAACAUUGUUUACUUCAUGUCAGCUACUGUAUAUUUCUAUGUCUUCAAACAAACAUUACUUUUCAAACAGUUUAAACUAUCUUUUUAUUUCCACUGCAAAGUCAGAAAUAAUUACUUUAAAAACAAAUUUAAAUAUUUCUCAUUUAUUAAUUUCUUUUCAAAGAUUAGUUGUUGUUUUCUUGUUUUUUUGUUUACUUAAAUUUUAUGUUAGCUUGAAAGUUGUAAAAUAAAGCUUGCAUUUUUAGAGACACUUUUUGUAUAUACCUAAUUUUUUCAAAGUAUUAUGAAAGAUUGAUCAUGUCACUUUGUAAAUAUGUAAUAAAAACUGUUUUUAAAAUAUCUAUAAUUUAAUAUUUUGUCCAGAAUUUUUUUAAAACUUUUUUUGUACCAAUGAAACUCAAGAAUGUAUAAAGUUCACAUCUAAAGUAAUAGUUAUGUUAAGAAAUAUUCUUUUUCUGUUCAGUAUAUGAAUAGUAAGUAAAUGGAAUGUAUGCAGCUGAUGGAAGUACACCAUAAAAGUUGAAUAGCCUUGACCUUAAAUGAGAAAAAAGACAGCUAUUGAUAGUUGCAUCUGAUCAACUAGUUUAUAUUCAGGGAAGUAUUUUGGGUGAGAUAUACCCAGAGCUGUGUAAUUGUGUUUGUAACAUUUGGUUGCAAAUUAUAAUUGUGCAGUUAACAUUGGGUUGCAAUUAUAUCUUAUAUCUAUGUUGCAACUAAAGCAAAUGCUAAUCAUCUCCUUCAGAAUGACCCUGUUACUUUUCUUUCUCUUAAUGUAAUGCUUAUCAAAUUUUAACUUAUGUUUAUCAGUAACUUCCAGCCCUGAUGAUGUACAAGUUUUGCAAUAUGCAAAAAUCCAAGACUGUAUAUAUAUAGUUAUUAAAAAAAUAUCUUUUCAAUAACUUAAUGUAAAGUAAAUCUUUGUUUCAUUGGUUAUGUAUGGUAUAUGGAGGGGGUCAUAAGGUAAAAUAGUAAUGUAUUUUGAAAUGUUAUGUCCAGAGGUUCUCAAACUUUUUUUUUACUCACGGACCCCUUUAUAUAGUCAAAACUUGCUCAUGGACCCUUAAGUGAAAAAGCACUUAAUAAGUUACAAUAUAAAAAUAUGUUGAAUGAUUGUUGUUGUUUUUUGAGAUAAUAAUGUUUUAAAAAAUAAAAGUGUACUAAUGACUUGGAGGAAGUUGAUGAAAUUUUAUGAAAGUAUUUCUGCCUGGCCUAAUGUUUGUAAGUAGCAAAUGCUAAUCUCUAAAAGCACACAUUAUUUGUUGUUUGUGAUGAGGUUCUUAUAAGUUCUAAAUCCAUGUUCUAUCAAAUAAAAAGACGGAAAAGCAGUCAACAUCUUCUGUUCAAUGACCAAUAAUGCAGAAUAUAAAAUUGGAAUCUGUUUUUGAAACCAGAAUUGGUGUUAUCCUUGUUCAAACAUUGGUUUUAAGUUUCUUGCUUGUUGAAUAUUUCAAUAAGCUGCUCAUGUAUAAGAAUGAAUUUAUGUGUGAUUGGGAUCUGAGUUUGUCCAUGCAAAGGGUUCAACACCCUUUCAGGAAUAUCCAAACAAAUUUUUUUCAGAUCUUUGGAUUAGGUUGUCAUAUUAAACACUAAUGAGGGGAGAGUUGAUUAUUAUUAAAAUUAUCUGAUUGGAUAAACUAAUUUUUCGCUGAGAGAUUCAUUUAAUUGUAGACAAUUUUCAUCUUUCUACAGACCCUCUAUUUCUGACUUGAGGAUCCCCACAGUUUGAGAACCACUGCAUUAGUCUGUUGAACAGUUGGGGCACCACACAAGAUCUGUCAACCAUUUUUCUCCAUUCCUCUCUGUCUUUUGCCUUGGAUGAAAUUUCAUUCAAUGACGGGCCUGUCCAUUCUUCAAUGUUGUCUUUCCAUCACAUUCUCUGUCAGCCUUUUCUUCUUUUUCCUGGUACUGUUCCUUGGAAGAAGAUGUUUGCAAGCCCUUGGGGACAUUGUGAUGUGACCAUACAGUUGGCAUUACAAACCAAAAUGCUAAAUAGGUGGACUUCCAUUUGGCUUGCAUGCUGUCUUUGUCUUUUUUUUUUUGCAUCAGUAAUAAUCCUGUAGACUGGCUUCUGCAUUUGUACAUAUUGUUGGUAAAAUAUUGAAUGUUCUUGAUUUUAUUUGUAGAAAGAUAGUCUUCCAAUGCAUUUUUGUUUUCCCCAAGUUUUUUGUUUUAAAUGUAUGUUUGACAAGCUAUAUUAUGUGCUGAAGAUCUUUUCACUUUUAUGUACAUAACUUUUUCAACCUAUAAACAAGACUCUCAUUGGAGUUGUCUAUUUUCAUAUUUACAAUUGAACUGCUGAAUCUUAUUUUAUUUUUUUUUCGAUCCCAGAUGUUUUUGUACAGCUUAGCAUGCAAUUUUAUAAAUGCUCUGUUCAAUUGAUUUUAUAAUAUUCUAUUAUUGUUUACACUUCAAAUUAAUUUGUAAACAAGAUAAUUUUAAGAAUUUGUUCAGAAUUGUUGUCUUUUAAUUUUAUUCUAUUUUUAUUUUCCUUUUACAUUUUCUUCCACAUGACAUUCCAACAAGAUGACAUUAUUGUUGUUCUAUUCUUGUUUUUUUUUUUAAUAUUGCACACAUUGUGAUAACUUUGAAUAGAAAAACAAGUAAUAGCCAAAACAAAACAAUGGGCUCAAUUUUAAAUAAAUGCUACUUUAUCUGGGUCUGUGAAGGCUAUUUUCCUGUUUAAUCAAUGAAUCAUUUUGUAAUUCUAUAAUGUAUUUAAAUUGUUGUAUGAAAAUUAAACCAUUUUUCAUAAUUAAAGAUUUUUUUUUUUUUAGUUUAUAUG